GUUAGAUUACUAAGAUCGAAAAAAUAAAACGUAGAAUACCUAGCUUCACUUGCUUGUCAUUGUCAUUAUAGAGAACAGUUUACUUAAAGUGUGAAGGAAUUUAUCUUCCUGGAUAUUUCAUAAUGGCAGACUUUCAUGCAGAAUCUUCGAAUAGUCAACCCGAAAGCAACAGUUUUGGAGAUUUUGAGCGAGUCGAAAAAUACGAUGCAGGACCUGAGGCAGAAAAUGUUGGAUUUGAUCAAGAUGGUGAAAUAACAUCAACCUCAUUUGGCAAUGAGAAUCUAGCAGAAGAGGAUUUGUAUGCUGCUGGUGCGUCGGAGGCUACGCCAGUUGAAUCCAACCCCCUUAUUUCUUUUGGUGAUGAACCUUCAUACCCAACUGAAAGUACUGAAACAUCUUCAGAACCUGGUUCAAAUCCUCUUAACUUUUUUAAUCCGCCAAGUACUGGUGUAGAUUCUUCCUCCCCUCCUCCAGCCACUACCCAUGACCCUACCCCACCUCCCACCCCUGAGCCGAGCUAUAUGAAAUCAGAGCCUAAAUCAGUAUCAGUGACACAUGAAGAAACCAAGUCAGAAGGAUCAUGGAUGAAGAAUGUAGAUCCAAGAGGGCUUUUUUUAAUCUUCUUAAGGGCGAUUGUGAUCAAUGGUAUCAUGGAAUCCAUAACAUCUGCAUGUGUUUAUAGCAGUCUGGAAAUGGUCGUAUUUAUAAAACUUCCAUGUAAAUUAUGGUUUUAUUGA